AUGGGGCAAGCCUAUAUGAUUUUUGGCAGGGUUAUGCAACCCCAUGUUUUGGCCCUUGCCACAAUUGGGUCUGUUGCUGCGGGUGUAACGUAUGCAUCAAUGGGCACUAAAAGGGUGGAACCACAGCAGCAAGCCGCUUUAUUACCUUUAAAACAAGAAAGGGAGGAAGAGUUUGAUCUUGAGAAACUAAUCAGUGAUUUCAUUAAGGAAGAGGGUAAGUAG